UUCUCUUUUAGACCAAUUUGUCCUGUCAGACACCAGCGAUUCCGCUCUCACUCGACGGGAGGCCUUUACCUCCCGAUAAUUCUCUUUUCCUUUUAGAACUCUUUAAACGAUCCGCUCGCGCCUUUCUCAAUAGCUCCGACGCUGUAAGCAAAACUUUCGUGGAUGAUGAUUAUGAUGGACUGACUGAUUAUAUAUUUUAAAAAAGAAGAAGAAGAAUAUGACUGUCAAAUCAGCGUGCGUUCUUGACCACGCAUUGGGUGCAAUGUCGUGACGUCAUUGCGAUUUUCGCUCGGGCGAGCAUUGAGAGGUGGGGCUUUUGAGUCCGAUUAUGAUCUGUAGGACAAACACCUGUUUUGUUCACACAUUCGUGAUCCGGUUUGUCAGUCGUGUUCACGGUACUUGUCUGAUAAACAUGGCAGCUUUGCUCGUCCUGCUGCUAAUUUGCUGCGUUUCGUCAACCCCACAGCGCAAAACGGAACUUCUGAAUAAACUUCUGAGUGCAGUGGAAAAGGCUGCUGACUUUUUUAGUUCAGACUAUGCAAAUAUCAACGCUGACGGAAUUUUUGGAUUAAGAAUAGGACAAGGUCAACUAAUACAAAUAUUCGAAGACUGCAACCAAAGACACUGUGAUGAAAAAGCUCUCUCACGAAUCCGACGUAUUACGUCCAUUGUUGAAGAGACCUGCAAGUCCGCCAUGCCUUAUCUGAAGCAGCUCGACGAAAAAUACUACAACCGGUUCUUCCCCUUGAUGAAGGAGCCCUACCUUCUGAAAUACAGACCCCACACGUUCAGAAACCUCGACAAAGUCAAGCCUGGGACCAACACAGAAUACAACGAGGAAGAUGGAGACAGCUGCUUUGCCAGAAUAAUGGGAACCUACGUGGACGAGAAAGGAGAAUACCUACCCAAGUGCAACACAACACAGCGCUGUUUUGACAUGAUGACCCACGAAGGCACUGCAGAAUAUACCAUCACGCAUCAGCUGUUUUAUUUCAUUAUUAUGGAACAUACGGAUUGUGACAAAAUGGCUGGAGGGGUAAUCACGGCUGAUAACCUGAGACGAGUGGAGCAGAAGUUAUGUAAAAUUAUUUACAAAGAGGCGGAGACGCUGUGGAACGGGCAGGACGUCUUUCUGGGCCACCAGGAUCUCUUCAUGGAACAAGGUGUUCUGUGCGGCAUUCUGGGAUUCGAGAACUUCAUGAGAACUGACUGGGUGAGAGCUGUUCUCAGGUGGCAGACACACGAGGGAUGUUUCAAGGCCAAGCGACCCUGGCAGAUCUUUGAGGAGAUGAUCAUGCCGCACGGCGAUGUGGAAACAAGCAAAACCCCCAUGAGACGAUUACAAAGAGAAACGUCCAUGUCAGGUGACUGUUUGGCGCAUAAAUCCGGAUUGGGAUUCGGUUAUUUAUCGACUUUUCUACGUUAUUUCAUCCGAUCUUCGUAUUAACAUGGUGUCAUAAGGGACAAAAUCUGGUUAUGCACUCCAAUACAAUAAAAAUACAAAAAUA